GGGCAGAGAACUAAUUAGCUGAGCAUGAGACAGUGACCAAACAAGAGAGCAAGCCAGGAAACANUGUAUGCCCAUAUUUUGGCCUGUAUUAUCUACCUUCCAUUUCUACCUUAUGUUCUCAAAAUGAUGUACUGUGAUCUGAAAGAAGCAUCAAGAAAAACUGUUCAUUUCCUGAGUAGCAAGUUAGAACAAAAAAUGAUACACAAAAAACUGAUUUUAAUUCUGGACAGAACCUGUGAAUGUUUUCUUUUGCAGGAAUGUGGAAGACGUAAGGACUGAGAUGGCAAAGGCAUAGAAAACUGUACACAGAUCUUCAUCUACUGUUCUUGUAGGACCUGGUAGAUGCCACUGUUUAGACUAUUAUGGGCAGAGUAAGGGUGUUGUGACCUAUGAUGAUGUACAUGUGAACUUCACUCAGGAAGAGUGGGCUUUGCUGGAUUCUUCUCAGAAGAAUCUCUACAGAGAUGUGAUGCUGGAGACCUACAGGAAUCUUGCUGCUAUAGGCUACAGUUGGGAAGACCAUAAUACUGAAGAGCAUUUUCGAAGUUCUAGAAGACAUGGAAGGCACGAAAAAAGUCAUAUUGAAGAGAAGCCCUCUGAAUUUACUCAAUGUGGUAAAGUCUUUGCAUAUCAGAGCCAUCCUCAAGGGCAUAAACAAAUUCAUACUGCUGAGAAACCCUAUGAAUGUAAGCAAUGUGGUAAAUCCUUUGCAUGUCAGAGUGGUCUCCAACAGCAUAAAAGAACACAUCAUGGAGAGAAAUCCUAUGAAUGUAACCAGUGUGAUAAGGCCUUUGCUCUUCGCUGUCAUCUUCGAAGGCAUCAAAGAAUUCAUACUGUAGAGAAACCCUAUAAAUGUAAUCAAUGUGGAAAAUUCUUUGCACAAAGCAAUCAUUUUGUACGACAUAAAAGAACACAUACUGGAGAGAAACCCUAUGAAUGUAAUCAAUGUGAUAAAACCUUUGCAUGUCAAACUAGUCUCCUGUAUCAUAAAAGAACACAUUCUGGAGAGAAACUCUAUGGCUGUAGUGAAUGUGGCAAAGCCUUUGUACUUCAAAGUUAUCUUCAGAUACAUAAAAGAACACAUACUGGAGAGAAACCCUUUGAAUGUGACCAGUGUGAUAAGGCAUUUGCACAAAACAGUCAUCUCCUAACACAUAAAAGAAUACAUACUGGAGAGAAACCCUUUGGAUGUGACCAGUGUGAUAAGGCAUUUGCACAAAACAGUCAACUCCUAACACAUAAGAGAACACAUACUGGAGAGAAACCCUAUGAAUGUAAGCAAUGUGGCAAAGCCUUCGCAAGUAAUAGUAAUCUCCAAGUGCAUAAAAAAAUGCACACUGGAGAGAAACCCUAUGAAUGUAAGCAGUGUGGUAAAUCCUUUGGGUAUCACAGUGGUCUGCAAAAGCAUAAACGAACACAUACUGGAGAGAAACCCUAUGAAUGUAAUCAGUGUGAUAAGGCAUUUGCAUGUCAAACUAGUCUCCUGAAUCAUAAACGAACACACAGUGAUGAGAAGCCAUAUGAAUGUAGUGAAUGUGGUAAAGCCUUUGUACUUCACCGUUAUCUUCAAAUACAUAAAAGGACACAUACUAGAGAGAAACCCUUUCAAUGUGACCAAUGUGAUAAAGCCUUUGCUCGAAACACUCUUCUCCUAAAACAUAAAGGGAUACAUACUGGACAGAAAGCCUAUGGAUGCAAGCAAUGUGGCAAAGCCUUUGCAAAUCACAGUAAUCUCCAAGUGCAUAAAAGAACACAUACUGGAGAGAAACCCUAUGAAUGUAAGCAGUGUGGUAAAGCCUUUGGGUGUCAUAGUGGCCUGCAAUAUCAUAAAAGAACACAACACAUACAGGAGAGAAACCCUAUGACUGUAAUCAAUGUGAUAUAGCCUUGGCAUGUCAGACUUCUUCAGAGUACUAAAGAAUCAUUAUUGUAGAGAAACUCUGUGAGUAUAUUUAAUAUGGUGAAGCCUUUGUACAUUUCUAUCAUCUUCAUCUUUACGUAAGAAAUCCAUACUGGAGUGAAACUAUGAAUGUACACUACAUCAGAUCAAGCCUUUUCACAUUUCACAAGCCUUAGUCAUCAUGAAAUAAUGCAUACUGGGGCAAAACUUGAAUAUAUUUAAUAUGGUCAAACAUUUGAACAUUUCUGCCAUCUUCAUCAUCAUGAAAGUAUUUCUCCCGGAGAGAAAGUCUAUAACUAUAAUGGAUUUGUGAUAUGUAUAGCUGUCACACUAACAUUCAGUUUCACAAGAUUAGACAAACAAAAUAAAAAGUGACAAGUGCCAACAACUAUUCAAGCAUUACAAUGUGACGUGCCUCUUUCUUUUGUCUGCACUUUCCAACACAAUAAUCCUUGUUUAUUUUGUUUGCACUUAUAUUCUUGGACAAUGAUAUGAAAUAGCUCAUCCAGGUAUAAUGCUUUUUAUUUUGAAAGAUUUUGAGUAGAUAUUGAAGGUUGUUAUAUGUCUUGCAAAUAUAUUUACAAAAGUGCUUUUUAUGUUUCUGUAGAAAAACACUAUGUCUAAAGCAGCUUAUAAAAGAGGUUAACCUGGCUCAACCAAAAUAGUCAUAAGCAGCAGAUGGAGGGAGGGAGAUGGGACGGAAUGGCGGCUUCAGGUGUGGAGAGAACAGGAGAGAUGGCUAGAUGGCCACAAAUAUGAAUGGAAAUCUGUGACUUAUGGGAGAGAAGGA